UUUUUUAGUUGAAGAGAAAUGGCCCGGACAAAAUUAACAAAGUAUGAAAAUUAACAAAGGGCAAUAACUCAAAAAAUAAGAACUGCAGAGUACCGGUCCUUGUGCACUGCACUUCGGGUUAUUGAAAGAAGCAAGCAUACCAAGUUUGAAGUCAAUCAGACUUACAGUGACUGAGUUAUGCUCCGGACAAGCUUUAGCGGACGCCGACAACGACGCCGACACAGACGCCGCCGCCGCCGACACCGCCGACAAAAGUAACCCCUAUAUGUCACCUUUUCAAGGCGACACAAAAACGGACCGGUACAAUUUCUUUACGGUAACUGCCUGCAUGCCAGUAAUAAAUGUUUAAAUACUUAAUACUGAAUUAAAUUCACUUUAUUGUCAAUAUCGCUUGUCCAAACUGAAUAGUAGAUUUAAAUCUGACUAAAUAGAAAGGAUAUAUCGUGGACUAACCAGUUAAGUAAUACAACUAACCAGUUAAGUAAUAAUACUAACCAGUUAAGUAAUAGAAAGAGCACCGAAACACGAGGCUAUCUAAUUUGUACGAGGGGGCGUAGCCCCCGAGUAUAAAUCAGAUUGCCGAGUGUUUUGGUGUUCUUUCUAUUUUGUAUCAUAGUCAAACAUAACAACACGUUCCCUUUUGUCACACUAUGAAACCCCUGGAAAAAGUAACAAAUGAACGAGCAUUUGAAUAUAUUUCUUCCGCUUUCCCUUUCUCUGCCGUCACAAUAAGUAAACCCCAGCAAAAAUGAGCCAAUCCACGGGCAUUAUCUGGAGUGCGGGUAACUGAUACCUGCACUUCAGUUACCGCACUGUGCAUGCAUAUAUAUACGAUUUAACUCUGACACUAUUUCAACAGAAAGGUCCCCAAACUAUGAUACAACUCUAAUAUGGUGUAUUUACAGGACUUAUAAAGGUAAUAGUAAUUAGUAAGAAAUUACGAUAAGUAAUAAAAUAUCUAAUGUAAAUAUAUGUUCAUAUGCAUUGUUUUCAUUUGACAACUGACGUGUCUGUAAGAAACUAAGCUUUUAUACCCACGAGAAGAUUACAUCAUGGUCACUUCAAGUAGAAAAAAGUAAUAAACAGCUCGUGAGUGAAAGGUUUGAGAAAAGGCUGGUACAUGUAUUAUCUAUUCAAUUAUUAUCUUUAAAGAAAAUACAUCUUAUUGAAAUUUGAUAAUGAUAUUAACGUUAUUUCCAUCAUAAUUGAUUGAUUCGAAAUUUAUUGUAUCAUUUAACAGGGAAGUUUACAAGCCUAAAUGCGUGCUGGCCAGGAAGUUGCCAUGACAGCCACGUCUUCAGAAUGUCAAGUAUUGGCAGACACUUGCAAAGUCACAACCAAGACCCACAAAAUGGAUACCUUUUAGGAGACAGUGGAUACCCGUGCCGACCAUUUCUUAUCACACCCUUUUUACAGCCAAGAAACGAGAAUGAAGAGCGAUUUAACAAGGCACACAUUUCGACACGCAAUGUAGUAGAGAGAGUGUUCGGAGUUUGGAAGAGAACCUUUCAUAUCUUACAUGGUGAAAUACGCAUGAAACCACAUAGAGUCACACGAAUUAUUGUAGCCUGCGCUGUUCUGCACAAUUUAAGAUUACAGUGGGGUGAGCCUCAAGAGGGCAGUGACUCUGACCAGGACCAACCUCCAACAGAGAUAUUUCAGGGGACUAUGGAUGGCAAAGGAGUGAGACAGCACAUUGUUCAGACAUAUUUCUAGGAUAAAAUAUAGUUAGUAUAUAAGAACAUGUUUUUAGGCAAAUACAAUCUAUUUUUCGAAUUUCAAGUUUAACAAAUUUUAUACUCCAAAUACAAUAUUUCAUUUAAAACAUCAAAAUUUUAACAAGUUCUGUCCUCAGAACAAAGCACCAAAGCAUACAUUAAAUAGUUUCGUUUAUAUUAAUCAAUUUUAUAUUUCUCUAUCAAAACAUC